CAGGGAGAGGGGGCUCUGUGAGCAGCAGGAGAGGAGCCAUCUCUGCGGGGGGCAGGGGAGGGGGCAAGGUGCGCUCUUGUUCUGGGCUCAGAUAGGUGUUUGCAUUGAUAUAAAUGAAUGCCAGGGAUUAGAAGUUCAGUUCACACACAGAGAAUGCCAGAGGAGGGUCUGGAUAUCACAGCGUUACUGAUUGUAUGCUCAUGAGGGGAUCUUCUCACAGCCAGCUGGAUCUCAGAGGAUUAACGAUGAGGUUGUGUACCUGGGUUUAUCUGCUGCUCACCAGCAGCGUUGUCAGUUCAAGUAAACCAUGUUUCCCAGGAUGUCACUGUGAAGUAGAAAGUUUUGGCCUUUUUGACAGCUUCAGCUUGACCAAAGUGGAUUGCAGCGGCAUUGGACCUCAUAUUGUCCCUGUCUCUAUUCCUCUGGAUACAGCUUAUCUGGAUCUUUCCUCAAACAAACUGGUGAAGAUUAAUGAGUCUGUAUUGUCUGGGCCUGGCUAUACCACUCUGGUAAACCUUAAUUUGAGUUACAACCAAAUAGUCAAGAUCUCUUCCACGACUUUUUCAAAACUGCGUUAUCUGGAGACUUUAGACCUCAGUCACAACAUGCUGGAAAUGCUACCAGUUCAAAGCUUCUUUUAUUCGCCUAUUGUAGACCUUGACCUGAGUUUUAACAAGUUGUUGGAUAUUAAAAUGGGUGCGUUCACAUUGUUUGGUCAGGGGAAAUCAAUGACCAUAGACCUUUCAAAUAACUUUAUUGGCUCCAUCUCAAAAGGUAUAAAUAGCACAACUCCAAACAUCCAGAGUUUAACACUCUCUGGAAAUAGACUUCAAGCAGUGCCAAGUCUACAGGGAAUCCCACUUCGACACCUUAAUUUGGACAAGAACCCCAUCGCCAAAAUUGAGGCGCAAAACUUUUUGGGACUGAAAAAUUUAGCCCAUUUAUCUCUCAGCAGCUUACAGUCUUUGAAAGAGAUCUCUCCGUACAGUUUCAAGGAGUUACCAUAUCUCCAAACACUGGACCUUUCAAACAAUCACAAUCUAAAGUCCAUAAACUCUGAUGUAUUCUUUGGAUUGGACUCCUUACAAGAGCUGAACUUGUCAAAUAGUGGUGUCUCGUCCUUACCCAAGGAUAUUCUCCCCUACUUACCAUCUAUAAAAAGCAUCACAUGGGGAAAGAACACUCAUUGUGUGAAGACUGUAAAGGAAAGUCAGUUUAAUCGACAAACUGGUCUAGUUCGAAAGGAAAUUUUACUAUGCCGUGAUGAUAAUGGUGCUGUAUCAGUGCCAUCUAUUUUUUAAAACUUGUAUUAUUUUGUACAGUAUUGCCUUGGGUUAUACAGUGCCUUUUUUGGGUGGGAGGGGGCAGGGAAUGAUCCAUCAUUUUAUUUAUAAAUUUCUACGAGAAGUUUGAUUGUUUUUGUAAUGAUAUUCUUUAAUGUAUAAUAAUUUUUAUCAAUCUUUUCACAUAUCUGCAAUUUCAAAAGCUGGUCUUUAUCAUUGUUUUUGGACCAAUGUCUUUUUAGUGCUCAAUAUGAACAAUUUUUAAAACUUUUUUUUUUUUUUUUUUUUUUAAAUUUGCUUUGUAAAAAAUAAAGAGUAAAAUUUGCAACAUUACGCAAACGGGUUUUAAUGUGAUUAAAAUAGUCAUUUCAAAUAAGUGCCUUAAACAUUGCUCCGCAUUCUGCAGAAACUUUAAUCUCAUAACACUUUACAAGACUAUUUGGAGAUGUUGAUAAUAAAUGUGCCAUAUCAGAAAGAGGCUUAUAACCAUUACUUCUGUGACGCUGUCAAUCAAUUUGACUUAGCACUUUUUUUUUUUUUUUUUUUAUGAAUUAGAUUUGAUCUCAAAUGUUAGAACUUUAUCAGCAACUUUUACCAACUAAGCUAAUAGUUGCUAGGGUUGCCCUCUGUAACAAAAAAACCCUAAUAGGUUACCUAAGGGAAAUCAUGGGUACUAGGUUGAGUCAUGAGCAAAACACAUUGCCCUGCAGCCCCUGUCAGUUAUUUGACCAUAUCUGACCUCAGAUUAGACCCCCAAUUUCAAAUAAGUAAUAUUUUUAUUUAUUUUUUUCUCUGGCAAAUGUCAGUUACAUUAAUUUCCUAAUGCAUCAUGUGACAGCCAUCAGCCAAUAACAAAAUGCAUAUACAUAUAUCCUGUGAAUCUUGCACAUGUUCAGUAGAAGCAUAUGACAAGAUUGUGCACAUUUAGAUAAUGGAAGUGAAUUGGAAAGUUUGUUUAAAAUUCUGUGUCCUAUCUGAGUUAUGAAAUAAUGAUUUUGACUUGACUGUACUAUUGAUCACUGGACACUUGGUAACCCUGCUGCUGUUAUGACUAAAAUCAUACUAGCAGGAGGGCGAGAGAGAAUUGGUUGCUAUGUCUUAUUUUUACAGAUUAUAUUGGCAAUAAAUGUUUUCUUGCAUUAACAA